CAAAGGACUAACAUAAAAACGAGUGACGCAAAUUAUUAUGAAUGAAAAAUGCUGGAGCCUGUACUGCGAAGCAGGGGUUUCUCCUUAUCAGAGAUAAAUUUGAGGAUUAAACCCAGAAAUGCUGUACUACAUGGGCGGAUUUGGAGCUAACCUGCUCAGAAGCUCACCCACUGACCAAUAAAAGAUCGCAGCCUAUUAGAGCCGAGCCCACAGACUCUUUGGUUGUUUGUGAAAAAUGGCCUCGCCGUUUAUUGAGGACCCCGUGGAAAUCGGUGCGCGCAUAGUAAGAGGGUCUCUGAGAAAAGCGAGGAUUUUCCGAGACCGACAAAACCCUUUGGCAUUUCCGGACGAGUUCCUUUAUGACCGUUACAGAUUCUCGUCGGAGGGAUUGGCAUAUCUCUGCCAGCUUUUGGGGCCCAACGUGUCCAAUGACACACGGCGAAGCAGUGCGCUAACAGUGCCACAAAUGGUAUGCAUUGCGCUGCGUUUCUUCGCCACGGGAACCUUCAUGUAUGCUGUGGGUGAUGCUGAACACAUAAGUAAAAACACUGUGUGCAGGAGCAUCCACCGGGUAGCACACGCGCUUAUUGGGCUGCUGAAUGUGUUUGUCGUGUUCCCUGGCCACAUGCCCGCACCAGCCAUCAUUGAAGGAUUUUUUGGCAUUGCCGGAUUCCCGAGGGUGCUUGGUGCUAUUGAUUGCAUGCAUGUCCCCCUCCGGUCCAGUCUGGGAGAAAAUGAGGGAGAUUUUCUAAACAGCAAGUCCUUCCAUAGUCUCAAUGUACAGAUGACUUGUGAUCAUAACUGUAUGGUCACAAGCAUCGAUGCCAAAUGGCCUGGAUCAGUUCAUGACUCCAGGAUCUUCAGGGAAUCCACGCUGUGCCAAGGAUUUCAACAAGGCAUGUUUAGUGGACUACUGCUGGGGGAUCAGGCCUAUCCCUGCCAGCCCUAUUUAAUGACACCUUAUCCUGACCCUGACGUCGGACCACACAACAGAUUUAAUGUGGCCCUAGCCAAAACCAAGGCCAGGAUAGAAAUGACCUUUGGCUUGUUAAAGGCCAGAUUUUCAUGCUUGCAUGGUUUAAGGGUGUCCCCAGAGCGGGCAAGCAAAAUUAUUGGUGCCUGUGCUGUGCUGCACAACAUUGCAACCAUUAGAAAAGAAAGAACACCUCCCAUCACCGUGCAGCCACCUGAUGUUGUGGAUCCAAAUCCACUGGAUGACGCCACUGGUUGUGCUGCUAGGGAUGCAAUAACAGCACAAUUUUUUUCUUAAAAACUGCAUUUGAAAGUCUUUUUAUUGGACAUUUCCUUUGUUUUCUUUCUGUGGAAAAACAGUGAAAUGAAGUUCUGUUUAACUAGCUGCUGGAAAAUGUUAUUUCAUGACCCUCUUGUCAUGUUCAGAUUUUCCACUUCAAGUUUUGCAUUAUUUAUUACAGUAAUACAGUAAUGCCUCGUUUAUUGUGUUUAAUUGGUUCCAGAGCCGACUGAAUUUCAGAUAAGUCAACUUCUGCAAAGUAGGAUUUCUUAUUCAUAAAUGGAAUAAUUUUGUAGUAAUAGCACAGAAAAUCUGUUUGCAACCUUCUAAACAACAAUUUAUUGAACAUUAUUAGAGCCCUCUUGACAUUAAGUAACACCCCUACAGUCACCGUUACACUUGUAUUGCCCAAUAUAGUAGAUAUAAUCAGAGAAAAUAAGCCAUUUAAGGCAACUGAAACUUGGACUAGUAAAUGUGUUCCGGCUGUGUGGAGACCAGGAAGUGACGUUGGGGGCUCAGAGUUGAGUUUUAGCUUGGCAUGGGUUACAGCCACAGUAGCCCGUGUUAUUAUUAUUAUUAUUAUUAUUACAGCAAUUAUGUUAUUAUUUUUUACUGUUGUGAGAUAAUUCAAACCUGCAAUAAAAGCCUGUCGGUCCGGCAAGCAAGUCUGGCUCAUUGUUUCACUGAGCAUUAAAGUAACAUUACUGACACCUAGUGACCAGUGUAGAAUACUACAUUCACAAUUUGAGUGCAUCUUCCUAAUGCCUUGUAUUUGUACUCAAGUUCAUUUAGCCAUUUUUGUGCUUCCAUUCCAUUUUCCUCCGCUUAUCCGGGUCGCGGGGGCAGAAGUCUCAGUAGGGAAGCCCAGACUUCCCGGUCCCCGACCACCUCGUCCAGCUCCACCGGGAGGACACCAAGGCGUUCCCAGGCCAGCUGUGAGACAUAAUCCCUCCAGCGUGUCCUAGGUCUUCCCCGGGGCCUUCUCUCGGCUGGGCAUGACCGAAACACCUCACCAGGGAGGCGUCCGGGAGGUAUCCGGACUAGAUGCCCGAGCCACCUCAGCUGGCUCCUCUCGAUGUGAAGGAGCAGCGGCUCUACUCUGAGCUGCUCGCGGAUAACCGAGCUCCUCACCCUGUCUCUUAGGGUGAGUCCCGCUACCCUACAAAGAAAACUAAUUUCAGCCGCUUGUAUCCGCGAUCUCGUUCUUUCGGUCAUGACCCAAAGCUCAUGACCAUAGGUGAGGGUGGGAACACAGAUCGAACGGUAAAUUGAGAGCUUUGCCUUCCGGCUCAGCUCUCUCUUCACCACGACAGUCCGGUACAGCGACCGCAUUACUGCAGACGCUGCGCCGAUCCGCCUAUCAACCUCACGCUCCAACCUUCCCUCACUCGUGAACAAGAGACCGAGCUACUUGAACUCCUCCUUUUUUGUGCUUGAAAAUGCUUAAUUUAUUUAUUUAAAAAAAUACAUCAAAUUUGCUGAAAUGUGCAUGUUUACAGCAACAUGAUUUAAUUUAUUUUUGAAAAACCACAAUAGAGUGAAGCUGCGAAAUUUGAACUGCGAUGUGGCGAGGGACAACUAUAUUUUAAUUGGAUGUCCAACUCCAGGGUUGUUUUUAUAUAGAACCCUAAUUCUGCCUCAACGAAAACAAAACCAAAAUCAAAUCGUAUGUACUGUAUUUAACACUCGAACUCCCAAGGCAGUCAUUUUGACUGUUUUCAAAAUUUGCAAUGUCAUAACUUGGUUAAAAAAAACCUAUGUACCCAUAGGACCCUGACUUUUCCUAAAUGUGUGUAUAUUUUAUUCUAACAUU